AUGUCUUCUUGUCACAAAGACGUUGUUAAUGGUAGCCAUGUUAAGAAGGAAGAAUUGCCACUAUCAGUUUACGGAUCAAACGCAGCUCAUAAUACAACAAAUGCUCUUCGAUGGAUUGUUGAUCGUAUGACAUUAUCUUCAAAUUCAUCAAAGAAAAUGAUUCAUCUUUCCAGUGGUCAGUGUGAUCCAACACGUUAUGGUAAUCUCCUGCCACCACCUGAUGCCAUCAAUGCAAUAGCUGAAACACUGAAGCAUCCAUCAACACAUAGUUAUACUCCCACAUUUGGAACAGUAGCAGCUAGAACUGCCGUAGCUGAAUAUUUAACAAAAGAUGGUUCACCGUGCAAAAUGGAACCUGAUAAACAGUGGGAAGUUGAUUUAAAGCAUUUUGAAUCUGUAAUUGAUAAACGUACACGAGCUGUAAUGAUUAAUAAUCCAUCAAACCCGUGUGCUUCAGUUUACACACGGCAACAUCUGAAAGAUAUUAUUUCUCUAUGUGAAAAGUAUCGUUUGCCAAUUAUAGCUGAUGAAAUCUAUGCACAAAUGGUAUUUCCCGGUAAUGAUUUUCAUUAUAUGUCAGCACUCUCUGAAAAUGUACCGAUUAUACAUUGUGGAGGUAUCUCAAAAUUAUAUUGUUGUCCAGGAUGGCGAUUAGGUUGGAUCGUUAUACAUGAUCGUCACAAUGCAUUUCAAAAAUAUAUUCGCCCUGGACUACUUUCAAUUAGCAGCCGUAUCAUGGGACCAAGCUCAAUUCCGCAAGCUGCAUUACCAUCUAUAUUAUCUCUGAAGCAUAAAGCCUAUUUAGACGAUAUGAUUGAUCUUGUUAAACAAAAUGCUGAUCUAGUCUACGAUAUGCUAGGUUCUAUUCCUGGAUUAACACCAGUUAUGCCGCAAGGAGCUGUUUACAUGAUGAUUCAGUUGGAUUUUGAUGCAUUUAAUGAUAUUGGUAAUGAGACAGAUUUCUUUCAAAAGUUACUCGAUGAGCAAUCUGUCACGUGUUUACCAGGAACGGUCUUUAAUGCACCGAAUUAUAUUCGGAUUGUAACUACAGUACCAACCGAAAUGUUAGAAGAUGCAUGUCAUCGAGUUAUUGAAUUUUGUAAUAAACAUAAAAAAAUUUAA